GCCCGGUUUAUUAGUGGGCAAUCGUACUCGUACCUGACAGUGAGCAAGGGAGCCCCUGGUUCACAAGAUAACCGUGCCAACCUGCUAGCUUUGCUGAACAUAUUUUGACUGCUCGUUAAUUGCAGCAGCUGGAACUGCUCUUAACUUGUACCACAAGUUUUGGGAAAGCAACAACCGGUCCGGCGCCUGCAUGUACGCCUCCCGCAACCUCAAAAACUGACACGAAUAACAAAUACGAAGCUACUCUCUUCGCACCAACAUGGGUGAAAGUGGCCCAUCAACCACACCGUCGACAGAUUGGACACAGCUACGCUUCGACACGACACCUCUCGAUCUGCGGAAGUACCUCGAGACCCACCGCAACUCACGUCUGCAGUCGGACGCCGAGUCUUGCAUACGUGAAUUGGCCGCCACAACAUGGGAGUACUGGGAACCAGAGUGCUACGAAAGCCUGUUGAGAGCUGCUCCAUGGCUGGUCGGCUUCACGGUAGAGAACGGGGAUCUUGCUCCAGCCGGACGUGCUCUAGCCGUUUUGCCAAAUCUGUGCACUCGACUCCUGCUUCGGCUGGAUGUCAUACUGGCGAAUUGGCUGAUCACGUCCGUCUUCAAGGCCUGGCUCGAAGGGUUUAGGAGGCGGGUAGAGAACAAGACACCAAUUGUCAGGCCCGCCGACCCGUCGGAUGCAGUCAAGUCUCUGCUCCAUGAUGUUCCCAUUUCAGCCCACGGACUCAGUUCGCUGUGGUGGCAGCUGGUGCAGAGCUACUCCGAUUUCAACAAGAACCCUAUUUACCAGACAUUUUCUACCAAGGUCGCAGAGUUUUGCCUCGAGGCUGGAUGUCCUGCUGUCACGCGCAGCCCUUCGGAAGACAUAUACUCACUCAGAAACCACCUGUUCUCCACCGACUCCGCAGCCCGAGAAGCCGAACUACGAAAGGAGAUCGACGACCUCCGAAGCGCGAAUCGCUCGCAGCAGCGAAUAAUUACGAACCUGGCCUUUCGCCAUCUUCUGGAAAUGCUACCUCCGCGCGACGCAAAGCCAGGGACGAGUGCAACGGCCGGGUGGAAUGCUUUCUUCCAAUCUGCCUUGAAGGAGGCGCAGAGGCAGCUUGAACGAGGAGAGAUGGGCCAUCCUCUGGCUCCCGUCCUGAAAAAGUACCCCAAAUUGAAGCAGAUCGAGAACGUGGGCACGAAUCUCUACGGCACUCUGAGCACCAACAUCCACCACUUUUCAGGCCAGUACAAGGUUCUCGAUGACCAAUGGAAUGCGCUCGAGGUCGAUAUAUUGAGGGCGAUUACGCCUCUGGGAGAAAACGAGACUGAAUCGGGGAUUGACUGGCAGAUGGAACGAUUCCGCUAUGGCAGUGGUACUUCCCUCAAAUAGUCAGCAAAAGCUCCCAGGAACCAGGCCGGGAAUGCUCUCUCUUGAAGGGCAAGUGCAUGAUAUGACUGAGUCCCUUCCGGGACACGGCUGCACUAGGCAAUCCUCACAUCCUGGGCUUUCCGCACCUCAUUUGGACUGGUUCUCCCAUGCACAGGUCCCGCCUACCCAACACCCGUCCUCCUCCAGCAGCACGUUGAUCUGCGACGGAUAGCCCAUCGCUCGUCCCUGAUACACCACCGCCUCUUGUCCCACGCUUAGCACGCCAUUCGCCGCGAGAGCAUAAGACAACGCCGCUGCCGCGAUGCCCGUAGCCGCGUCUUCGGGGUACCCUGAGGCUUUGGGAAACUGCCGUGCCUCGACCUGGACAACAUUUCGGCCGCUGGGGCCGUUGCCAUUGCCUCCUUGUACCAUCGCGUAGGGAUACAAGCCUGUAGACCCCAACCUCUCGCACAGAUCCUUGACGCGCGAGAAAUCAGGCUGUAGAUUAUUCAGCACAUCUGCAUCGCGCAGAGCGAUCGCCGUCUUGACCCGGCUCGUGCAAGCGUUCUGGACCGAUCGCGGUGUCUUCUGCUCGAGCUGCGCCUCAGUUAUGCGCAGCACG